AUGGCUCUGUGCUCGCUGCUCCCGUGGCUUCAGCUCCUCGUGCUGGGGCUGGGGCUGUUGCCGCUGCGUGACGCGUCGGGGGAGCUGGUGCCAGGCACCGACCCCUGCGCUCGAGGCAGCUCGUGGAGCGUGGAGCUUGACAAGUGCAUUGUCUGUGCAGCAUGCCCAGUGCGACCACACAGUGACUUCUGCCUGGUCUGUGCCGCGGCCCCUCCCUCCCCGUUCUGGCUGCUCUGGCCCAUCCUGGGGGGCGUCCUGAGCCUGGUCCUCCUGCUGGGGCUGCUUUCUGCCUUCUUGGUCUGGAGACGGUACCGUAGGAGAGAGAAGUUCACCAUCCCCAUAGAGGAGACCAGUGGAGAGGGCAGAGAGGGUUGUCCCGGCACGGCCCUGAUCCAGUGA